GAGUUAACUCGGUGAUACCGUGCUCGAGGAGAGAAAUUUUUAUCUCAAUUUUGGCGCUUUUCCCACUCUGCCUCCCUCUUCUAUCUCUCCCCGCUCUGGUCUCUCUGUCCUGGGCACAACCACAAUCGUUACUCUAUCUCCCUCUCCCUCUUGAUCGUUGAUGCUGUCUCUCUCCCCAUUGAUCUCAAUCUUAUUCGGGCAAAGUUCAUGUCAUGGAAAUUUCAGUAAUUUUGGCCUCUGUUUAGCUGUAAUAAAUAUUUGGAUGGCACUAAUUUCAACAAGGAAAGUUUUCUUGCAACCACACAUCGUCAAGAGCUAUUUGCAUGGAUGUGUUAUGGCUUCUGCUAUCCAGAAGACUGCCUUAAUCUCGUGGCAUGGCAGUGAAUUUUCAGUUGAGGAAAGUUUUCAUAGGUUUCAGGUCUUAGAUAUAUUCUGUAAGCUGAAUCAGUUUGUGAAUUUUCAACCUUUUUCGAGUAGCACUCACCCUGAAAGGAUAUGUUGGGAAGUUUCCUCUCAUGCUAUUCUUUUGAGAAAGCUUGAAGUUGCAUUGGAGGAUCGCCAGUUAGAUGAAGCAUGGGUGACUUUUAAUGACUUCAAAAGCUUGUAUGGUUUUCCUAUAGAUUCUUUGAUGAGCAGGUUGAUCACUGAACUGUCCUACUCGUCUGAUCCUUAUUGGCUACAAAAGGCAUGUACUUUAGUCUUGCAAAUUUCUAAAGAGAAAGCCAACUUGCUUAAGACUGAAGUACUAACAAAACUUGCAAUCUCUUUGGCAAGAGCACAGAUGCCUAUUCCUGCUUCAAUGAUCCUAAGAGUGAUGCUAGAGAGAGAGAAUAUACCCCCGGUAAGCGUAUUGCAGUUAAUCUUUUUGCAUAUGGUGAAGACAGAGAUUGGUGCAUACCUUGCAUCCAAUUUCUUGAUUCAAAUUUGUGAUUAUUUUCUGCAUUUAAGUGCAAAAAGAAGUGAACAUAGAAAGAUGAUAAAGCCUGAUACAAUGACCUUCAACCUUGUUUUGGAUGCCUGUGUGAGGUUUAAGUCAUCUCUAAAAGGCCAAGAGAUCUUGGAAUGGAUGUCGCAAAUCAGUGUCAUAGCUGAUGCACACUCAAUCAUUAUUAUUUCACAGAUAUAUGAAAUAAAUGGUCUGAGAGAUGAGAUAAAGAAAUUGAAAGAUCAUAUUGAUAGAGUAUCUGCACCUUUUGUUUGUCACUACAGGCAGUUCUAUGAUUGCUUGUUGAACUUACACUUUAAGUUUGAUGACCUUGAUGCUGCCACUAAGCUUCUAUUAGAUAUGAAUGGAUUCUGGGGUUCCGUUCCUAGUACAAAACCUAGAGAGGAAAUGCAAAAACCUUACCUUGUCUCAAUAGGAUCUCAGAAUCUGAGGGCUGGGUUGAAGUUACAAAUUGUGCCUGAGCUGCUGCAGAAGGAUUCUGCUAUCCAACUGGAGGAUAAAACUGAAUUUGUAAUCUUUAAGAAUGGGAAGCUUCUUCCUAGUAAUAGAGCCCUGGCAAAGCUCAUCCACUGUUACAAGAGACAUCAGAGAAUUACUGAGAUUUCAAAAGUUUUAGUGAGCAUGCAAAAGGUCUUUCAGACACUUGGUGGAUCUAAUUUAUGCUCUGAUGUUAUUGAUGCAUGCAUUCGUUUAGGUUGGCUGGAGACUGCUCAUGAUGUCUUGGAAGACACAGAAGAAGCUGGAAUUCCAGUGGGCUUGACUGCAUACAUGGUACUCUUAACAUCUUAUUACAGUCAAGGUAUGUCCAAAGAAGCAGAGGCCGUACUGAGACAACUUAGGAAGGCUGGUUUAGAAUCAAAUUUGCCUGGUGAGAUAGCUGCUUCUGCUGGCCUUUCAGAAACAACUGAAAGUAUAUCAUCUUCUGUUACUGCAUCAGAUCUGGCUGAUUUCUUGGUUCAAGAAGUGAGAGAGGAGAAGGCGAUUCCUCCUAUUAUCUACGAGUUAAAUUCUUCUAUUUACUUCUUUUGCAAGGCUAAAAUGAUGGGGGAUGCUUUGAGGUCAUACCGAAAAGUGCAGAUGAUGGGAAUCCAACCCACAGUGCAAACAUUUUCCUUUCUAGUAUAUGGAUAUUCUUCUCUGGAAAGGUACCGAGAUAUUACAGUGUUAUGGGGGGACAUUAAGAGGCACAUGAAGAGCAGAAAUAUAGUGGUGAGCAGGGACCUUUAUGAACUCUUGCUCAUGAAUUUUAUCCGAGGUGGUUACUUUGAGAGGGUGAUGGAGGUUGUUGGUUACAUGAAAGAUCAGAAUAUGUACACUGACAAGUGGAUGUAUAAAUGUGAGUUCCUGAAGCUUCAUAAAAAUCUAUACAAAGGUGUAAGAUUAUCAGAGGCAAGAAAUGAGGUUCAAAGAAAGAGGCUUGAAUUUGUUCAGAAAUUUAGGAGAUGGGUUGAUAUUGAUUAACUUCAAUCAGAAGUUAGCAAGUACUCAAUUUCAUUAAAUGCAAGGUAAGACUUGGCCUUCUAGAUCUGAAUAUUUGGCAUGCAACCCCUUCUAGAUCUGAACAUUGAAUCUCAUUUUGCUUAAUUGGACUUACCGUUAUACUCAAUGGACGGUAUUUCUCAACCCAAAACUAUGAAAUUGCAUGGUCAGUUAUUCCACAACCAAAUUAUUCUUAUGAUUGAUAGCGGUGCCGGCCAUUAUUUUGUCUCGGAGUCCUGGUCCAAAAAAUGUCCUUGCCUGUCAAAACCACACCUCCCUUUCGAGUGAAAUUGGAUGAUAGUUGUUGCCUCAGCUACUUGCUCUUCUCUUGUCCUUUAUUUGGGACCCAUACAAAUUGCCCCGGAAUGCUAUGUUUUUCCCUUGGGUGGCAUUGAUGUAAUUCUUGGAGUCACUUGGCUUGAGACAUUGAGAGAUGUUAAGGUCAAUUGGAAGCAAGUGACGAUGCAAUUUGUCUAUAACAGGACCCCUGUCACCCUUUGCAGCAGCUCUUAUUUGAUUCAUGCUCCAGUGUCCCAACAUUCAUUGCUCAAAAUAACUGAGAUUGAUUUUUCUCUACUCUUAUGGGAUUGUUCGAUGACCAAGUCACCAUCCUCUACUGUUGCAUCCUCUUUUUCAAACUCUCAAUCUCAGUGGCUUACCCAGUUAGUCGAGAAAUUUGGCAUGGUAUUUUCUGACUCUCUUCGAGUACCUCCCGCUAGAAAGUCUGAUCAUCAGAUUCCAUUAUAACCAGAUGUUACAGCCAUCUCUGUGCGUCCUUAUCGCUAUAGCCAUUACCAGAAGGAUCAAAUUGAAAAAAUGGUUUCCGAGAUGUUGGCUGCUUGUAUCAUCAGAUCCAAUUCCAGUCCUUUUUCUAGUCCGUUACUGUUGGUUCACAAAAAAGAUGGGAGUUGCGAUUUUGUGUGGACUACCGCCAACUAAACAAGGCCACCGUACCUGAUUGGUGAUGAAUUACAUGGCGCCUUUUUUUUUUCUAAAAUUGAUCUUCAUUCGGGCUAUCACCAAAUACGCGUGAAAGAGGCAAACAUUCCAAAGACAGCACUCUGUAUCUAUUUUGAGCACUAUGAGGUCAUUGUCAUGCCGUUUGGUCUCAAAUGCUCUGGCAACUUUUCAAACCACCAUGAAUGAUAUCUUUCGGUCUUAUUUGCGGAUGUUUGUUUUGAUUUUUUGUUAUGAUAUUUUUGUCUACAAUAAGACUUGGGAAGACCAUCCUCAUCAUUUAGAGGUAGUAUUACAGACCUUACAGCACUAUCAGUUUUCUGCCAUUAUAAGAAGUGUAUUUUGGGCAAAAAAUUGUUGGAGUGUUUGGAUCAUUUAAUUUUCUUGAAUGGGGUAGCUAUGGAUCCCAACAAGGUCUCUGUGGUAAUGCUUGACCUCUUCCUCAGUCUAUCAAAGGGGUUCGUGGAACUACGGUAAGAUUGCAUAUCCGCUAAUCCAAAUCAGUACAAAAGAAGCUCAACAGCAGUUUCAACGGUCCACAGAGGCUCAAUGAUGCCUUAAAAGGUUGUUCUGACUAUGCAAGAUUUCUCCAAACUAUUUGAAUUGGAAUGUGAUACUUCUGGUGGGGGUAUCAAUUUAUAGUGGAAUACAAGCUUGGCAUUGCUAAUCGAGGGGCAUAUUCUUUAUCUCGCCGAAAAGAGCAACCAGCAGAAUUAACAGCACUUAGUCAUCUUCGUUGGCUUGAUUUUGAUGAAUUAAUUGUUGUUGUUCACAAUGACCCAAAAUUACAGAGUAUAAUCAUUGCUCUUCAACGUGAUUCUUCAAGCCACCCAUAAUGCUCUGUUUUACAAGGGCAGGUUAGUGAUACCUGCUAAGUCUGAUUUGGUUCCUAAAUUCCUUAAUGAGUUCCAUUCCACACCAAUAGGUGGCCAUUUUAACGUUUUUCGGACUUAUAGGCGUUUAGCAGCCUCCUUUUAUUGGAAAGGAAUGAUGAAGUGUGUCAAAGAAUUUGUGACUUCCUGUAUAGUGUGUCAAAGAAACAAAUAUGAGGCACUUUCCCCUACGGGCAUCCUUCAACCACUUCCUAUUCCAACUGCAGUAUGGUUUGAUAAAUCUUUAUUUCGUUACUUGCUUACCUAAGUCACAUGGAAUUGAUCGAAUUCUUGUUGUGAUUGAUCGUUUGACAACGUAUGCCCACUUUCUUCCUUUUCGGCACCCUUAUAUUGCGAAAAUAGUGGUAGAAUUAUUCGUUAAGGAAGUAGUUAAACUACACAGGGUGCCAAGUACCAUUGAGAUCCCAUAUUCAUUAGUAAUUUUUUGUAGGAGAUUUUUUGGUUGAUGGGUACUUCUUUAUGAACGAGUUCUGCUUACCAUCCUCAAACAGACAGACAAACAGAGGUCCUUGAUCGCAGUUUGGAAUAGUAUCUACGCUGUUUCACUUUUGAACAGCCAAAGGUCUGGAUCAAAUGGCUAUAUUGGGCCAAAUAUUGGUAUAAUACCUCCUACCAGAACGCUAUAAAACAAACUCCUUCUCAAGCUCUGUAUGGUCGGGCACUACUUGCUAUGCUACAAUAUUUACCUGGUGAGACUAGAAUUGAAGAAGUCUCCACAACCUUGAUGGAUCGGGAUGAGAUAAUCAGACAGCUUAGGCAUCAUAUUCUAAAUGCUCAAAACUCCAUGUCUCAAUAUGCCAACAAGAAAAGAAGAGAGGUGGAAUAUCAAGUGGGUGACAUGGUUUUUCUAAAGAUCUGACCUUAUAGACAGCUCUCUCUCCAAUCUCGAGUCUGUCCUAAAUUGUCACCUCGAUUCUAUGAACUUUUUCUCAUCACUGAAAGGAUAGGAGCAGUAGCAUAUAAGUUACAGCUUCCUGCAGAGUCCCGGGUGCAGCUGGUGUUUCAUAUUUAUCAGCUAAAAAAGGUUGUUGGCAAUCAUUUCAUACUCCUUACAUUACCUCCUGAGUUGGCUAUAGAGGAAUCCAUUCCUAUUUUGCCUGAAGAAAUCUUAAGUUGCUGUAGCCUGGAUUAAAAUGGUUUUACUGUUCCACAAUUACGAAUUAAAUAGCAAGGCCAUACUGUGGAUGAAGCCACUUGGAUCGAUGAAGCAGAUUUUCGAGGUCAAUUUCUAGAAUUUAGUCUUGAGGACAAGGCUGUGUCUAAUGGAGGUGGUAUUGAUGAGCCAAAACAAUCUGAAGAGGGACCUAAGCAUGACCAGAACGAAAGGGGAAGGAAUAGAAGCAAGUGGAAGGUGUAUUCUAGAAAAUCCAAGGUAGUCCUUGGUGAGCUGGCAUAUAUUCUGGAUGACAGAAUAUGCAUGAAUGGUUUGAGGGAGGGAAUCUUUUUGUUUAUAAAUAAGAAAAUCGAGCAGAGAGGGGCUAUGAAAAAUUCUUAGCUGUUAAAGGGUAGAGUUGUCUACUAAGGGGGUAUUUUUCUUCCCUGAGAAAUUGUAUUGAGUCCUUCUUGAAUGAAUUCCGGAUUCUCCUGACCCUUCA